CACUCCGCUGCCAAAAGCCCAAAACCACGCUUCGAUCGAUCGACUAUUCGACCAGCCGCGAUGCAUCCGGCCCGCGCGCCGGCACCGGCGGCGGCGCGCGGGGGGCUGGCGCUGUACGAGCUGUACAGGGCGGCGAGCCGUGCGGCGGCGCCUGCGGUGCUCCUGUGGCGGCGGCUGCAAGGGCUGGAGCACCCGACGCGGUGGCCGGAGCGGCUGGGCCGUCCGUCGGCGGCGCGGCCCCGGCCGGGAUCCCCGCUCGUGUGGUUCCACGCCGUGUCCCUUGGGGAGGGAAUGGCGGCGCUCCCCGUCGUCCGCCACUGCGCCCGCCUCCAUCCCGGCCUCCCCGUGCUCCUCACCACCACCACUCUCUCCUCAUUCGAAGUCAUCAAGGAUUUGCUCCCAGAUGGUGUCAUAUAUCAGUUUGCUCCUCUUGACUGUCCUGAUGCUAUAGACAGUUUUAUUGGAUACUGGAAGCCAAGUUUAGUACUUCUUAUGGAGAGUGAACUCUGGCCAAACCUCAUUAUGUCUGCAACAGCAAAAGGGAUUGCAGUCGCUCUUUUAAAUGCCCGCAUGUCACUGAAGUCUUUCAACCGCUGGUCCGUGCCUCUAGGGUUGCCAUUAGUCACUCUGAUGCUCUCUAAACUAUCACUUGUUGCCCCAUUGAGUACUAUUCAGGCUGUUCGUUUUCAGCUGUUACAUACACCACCAGGGAUUAUCCAUUUUGCUGGAGAUUUAAAAUAUGCUGUUGGCGAUGUUAAUGUCGGGGAGAAUGAGGUCAACAAAAUAAAUGAUCUUCGGCAACAGUUUAGUAAUAGACCCCUCUGGAUGGCUGCUUCUAUUCACAGAGGUGAAGAACAAGUCAUUCUCCGGGUUCAUGAAGAGUUAAUCAAGAUGUAUCCCACUCUACUACUAAUUCUUGUGCCAAGACAUCCUCAGGACUGCAAGAAAUUUUCCGUAGCACUGAAGAAACAAGAGGUCAAUUUUGUGCUGAGGUCGACAAAGGAAGUGGUAUCUUCAGGCACUAGGGUAUACAUGGUCGACACAUUAGCAGGGGAAUUAAGAAUGCUUUACAGGGUCACCUCAGUUGCGGUUAUUGGCGGUUCAUUUCUACCUGGCUUAGCUGGCCAUAAUAUUUCUGAGGCUGCUGCAGCUGGUUGUGCUGUUGUGACAGGACCCCAUGUUGGACACUUCUACCAUAUGCUGCUUGAUAUGUGGCAAACAAAUCCUUUAGCUGUCAAGCAGGUGGCUGGAGAAUUCGAACUUCUGCAAACACUAAAAGAACUGCUUGGUGAUGCCGAAACUCUGGGAGCAUGUCAAAGAGCUGCAAAAGUUGCAUUUUCCAUUAUGUCACAUGGAGUUGUGAACCGUGUAUGGAAUUUAGUCUGUAGGUUCACCAUUGACUUCUGAAUAGAUACGUGGAACAGUUAAUUUAGCAGAGCCCUCUUCUUGUAAUCUCCGUGUCUUGCAGGGACUCUGAGGGGAAAUGCACAGGAAGACAACCGCACCGUUGAAUGCGACAUGCUGGUGACCUGGUGAAGUGGUGAGUGGUGACAAAGGACACGGAUCUCAAAUUAAAAGGCCCCUACACUCACAUGAAACUGAAUUGUAUCUCCGUGUCGUCUACCCGGUUUGCUCCUCUCAGAAAUUGAAAUAUGUUUCGACAAAUUCCUCUGGGCUGCUUGUCAUUCUUUUGUUUCCUUGUGGCGUGGGUGAUAUAUUUUGCCAUUCUUUAGCGCCAGCAGCAGAUGAUGUUUCGCCGUCCUUGUUUCUUCGUAAAAUUUGCACUUUCAAGGCUGCGGGAAUUUCAAGGACGAUGCCAGUUUUAGUGUUAGAUGUCAACUGUUAGCUGCAUAUGAUUCUAUCAGGCGUGCUAUGCGCGAUCGAUGUCAUUUUCCAAUAAUGUAAGGUACAGUUUCGGGAAGAAAAAAAGAAACAGAAAACGACUCAACGAGUUAGUAUUUAUUA